AUGCUGCUCUAUGUGUCCUAUAAGAAGAAGAUGCUGCUGAAACCAGCAGAGUUCUUCAUUAUUAACCUGGUUGUCAGUGACCUGGGCAUGACCCUUAGCAUCUAACCCCUGGCUGUGACAACUAAUAUCUACCACAGGUCAUAGGUCACACACACACACACUGGCUGUUUUGAUAUCUAACUAAUUAUAUAAAUAUAUCUCCCUCCCACUCUCUCUCCCCUCCUCCUUUCCUAGGUGGUUGUAUGGUAAGACAUUGUGUCUGAUCUGUGCGUUCUGUGGAGUGUUGUUUGGUAUCUGCAGUCUGACCACCCUGACCAUCCUCAGUACUGUCUGCUACCCACGCUACGGUAAGACCACAGCACUGCUGCUGGCAUUAUGCACAUAUUUGAUCACCAAGCAUCCCUGACCACAUAUGACUGUCUGUGACUGCACCACACAUCAUCAUGGUGAUUCAUUUUUCAUUCAUUCAUUGGAAAGCGCUCCAACCAGGACGGUGGGGCGAGGUCCUACACGGUGGCACUGUUCUUCGGCUGCUACAUCCUGCCCUGCUGUGCCGUCACUUCCUCCUACACACAGAUCCUGGUCACGGUCCCAGAGUCACGGAGACCAGUGGAGCAACACGUCUCACAGCAGACACACAUGGGCAUCAUACAGACCAUUAUCGAGUUAUCAAGUUAACACACACACAGAAAAUUAGCGAUCAGAAUUUUAACAGCCACAGUGUUAAAUGUAACACUUUCUUAGAAAUUAUAUGGAACCAUCUCAAAUAGUGUUAAACUAACACUUUGCAAAGUGAUGAUAAACUAACACACCAAGAGUGUUGGGUCCCUAACUAAUUCUGACAAUAAAAUUAACACUUUACACUUUCUCAGUGUUAGGGAAUUAACAGCUGUGGUGUUACAGUAACUCAUUUUGGGUUGUUGUUUUUUAACACUGUAGGGUGUUAUAUGCAUAUUUAUUUCCCAGGGUGCCUUUGGAGUGAAUUUUAGAGGUACCAGUACCACCCAUGACUGUGUUUGCUAGUGACAUGAUUGUUGCAUUCAAUGGAUUUCAGUCCUGUAGCCUUCACCAAGUGAGUGCCAAGUGGAAGUUAGUGAAUAUAUUAUAAUAAAAAUAUAUUAUUUAUGACAAAUUAUUAUUAUUUUCCCACUGGUGUUAACCCCACAAGAAUUAACACUCAGAUAUAAAACUCAAAACACUUUUUACGCAUAUUUUCUGUGCAUGCUUACCGCUUACUCCGAGUAGAUUCGGUGUGUGUGUGUAGUUGGUGUGUCUACAGAUGAGUGUGUGAGUUGAAGCAACAAGUGCCAGAUGGAUUCAAAGUGUGUUUGUUGGUAUUGGUGAAUUGAUUACGACACUUCAAUCAUUAUGCAAUAAACGCUUCCCUUCAGAAAGGACAGAACAGCUUAGCUUCCUUUUACUUUUUAACGGUGCCAGACGGGGCUGGGUAUGCAGUAGCUUUGUCGCUCUUUGAAACUCAUAUUUCACAUUUGCAGCAAAGAAUAGAUUUCCUUCGACUUCCAACUCAGACCAGAAAUGAACUUUUCCAUGAAUUGUCAAACUGUACCAAGACUAAUAAAUAAUUUAUGUAAAAUGUCUGUCUGUCUGUCUCUGUGUGUGUGUGUGUGUAUUGGUUUCUUCACGGCAUGGAGUCCCUACGCCCUGGUCUCUAUGUGGGCAGCGUUUGGUCACAUGGACUCCAUCCCUCCGAUGGCGUUCGCCAUCCUGGCCAUGUUUGCUAAUUCCUCAACCCUCUAGUCCACCUGCUGCUGAAGCCCAACUUCCGCCACCUGCUGUGUAAAGACCUUCACUCCGGCCACAGGGCCUGUGUUCAUCAGUGUCUCUGCGUCCGCAGCUUCUCCUAACGCUCCGUACUGGCUGUUACAUUCCGCUCGCUACAUCCGUGGGGAUCAGAAUCAAACACCACCCCCAUCGUGGUCCCCGCCACUACGCCAAGCUAGGCUCCUCACACUCCCCCUGCGAGCGCUGGCAGGAUACAUUUGAGCAUUUUAAAGUGUCCGAGACGUUGUCAUGUCAACGUGAACACUGUGCAACUCUCACUACAGGAUAGUGUCUCUCGCGCUGUACCUCCCACACCGGGCCCUUCCGGACCCCCAAUUAAAACGCUGCUUCCCAUCGCCAACACCAAGAAGAGUGUCCGCGUCAUUGUAUGCGGGAGGAAAAGUUUGGAGAUAGGCAGUAUAGAGAUCACAUUGGAGACUGUGUCCUCCCACACCAAGACUGUCGGACCCUAA